GCGCCGAGGUCUCUUCUAAUCGUCCUACGUCCCUCGCGCGGAAUCGAGCUGCGUUGUUGCAGCAGGAGUUGUUAGGGUUUGCGUCUGUUCGGUUCCUUCCCCUUUCUCUUUUCUCAGUGUACCGAUGGCGCCCAAAGCGACUCGCAGCAAGGAGCUAGUGCGGGGCAUUGGCCGCAACGGGAGGUCGAAGACCUAUCACAAGCGCGGCUUGUGGGCCAUCAAGGCGAAGAAUGGAGGCAAGUUCCCCUCGCACGAGAAGAAGGCAGUUGCUGCGGCUCCGGCUGUCCGCGCUCCUAAGUUCUAUCCCGCUGAUGAUGUCCCCAAGCCCCUGCACAAGAACAAGGUCGUCAAUGCCCCUAGGUUGAGGUCGAGCAUUACUCCUGGGACCGUUCUGAUUUUGUUGGCGGGUCACUUCAAGGGAAAACGUGUAGUGUUCUUGAAGCAGUUGGAAUCCGGGCUUCUUUUGGUCACUGGACCAUUCAAGGUGAAUGGUGUCCCACUGCGAAGAGUGAACCAGGCUUACGUUAUUGCAACAUCAACUAAGGUGGAUAUUUCAUCUGUCGAUGUUGCCAAGUUCUCCGACUCCUACUUCAAGAGGGAAGUUGCCAAGAAAACCAAAGGGGAGUCUGAGUUUUUUGAAGCUGAGAAAGCUAACGAAGCCCAAACUAUACCCGAGGAGAAGAAGGAGGACCAAAAGGCAAUUGAUGCUAAGCUGAUCCCUCUUAUUGAAGCAGUACCAGAGUUGAAAAGUUACCUUGCUGCCAGAUUUAGUUUGAAGUCCGGUGUCAAACCCCAUGAGCUAGUGUUCUGAAGAACUGCAAUUUGUGAUUUUAGUGGCGACGACUUGAAGUCUGUGAGAACGCAUACGAGUUUGCUGACUUACUACUCUAGUUCGCCAGAUAACGUCAUGGUUAUAUUUGACAGUUUCUGAAGUUUCACUGACUGCAGUGGAUCCUUAUCACCCUGAAUGAUUAAACCCUUGAAAAUUUCCAAUGAACUGGUAACUUGUAUGAAAGUUGAGGUUCAUGAUAAGGAUUAUCAUCACGCAGCAUCAACGUUA